GUCGCGGUAAACAAACAAAAAAACCCAAACAAACAAACAAACACAGGUCAAGAGCAAACGUUUUGUUUUGUCGCCGUUCGUGAGCUCGUGAACGUUUAUCGUGUUGUUAUUGUUGGGGCUCAGAGUCGGGGUUUUAAGGAGGUUUGAAGGCGGACAGUAAAGGAGGAAAGAGGAGGGACUCUGCAGUAACACGCUUGUCUGCUUGUUUAGGGAAAAAAAAAACACGAGUGACGUUAAGAUUUUCAUAACAACGUCGACUUCUGAUGUCUUUGAGCUGACUGGGUGCGUUUUUAUGUUGUUAUUAUUGUGGGAUUUAUACCUCAGCCAUCGCAAGUUAUUCAUAUUUAGCCAUGGUGAAAGAGACUAAAGCCAAAACUUUUCAGGCGUACCUCGACUCCUGUCACCGCCGGUACAGCUGUGUUCACUGUCGUGCUCACCUAGCCAAUCACGAUGAGCUCAUCUCCAAGUCUUUCCAAGGGAGCCAGGGCCGUGCCUACCUGUUCAACUCAGUGGUGAACGUAGGCUGUGGUCCGGCUGAGGAGAGGGUGCUGCUGACUGGACUUCAUGCUGUGGCUGAUAUUUACUGUGAGAACUGUCACACCACUUUGGGCUGGAAAUAUGAGCAGGCGUUCGAGUUGAGUCAGAAGUAUAAGGAGGGAAAGUACAUCAUUGAACUUUCCCACAUGAUUAAGGACAAUGGCUGGGACUAAAGCUCUUGCUGCCCACCGUCAGCAUGAUACACUUUUUUACUUUGACUUUGCAUUACUAUUGAGCACUUUUUUCCCCAUUCUUGAUAACUCGAUUCAUCAGUCUUGCAUUAAUAUGUGAAAAUCAAUCAAAUGAGUUUAGCUCCUAAGUAGUUGAAAUGUACAAAAAAAGAUCUUAAAAGGAGCUCAAAAAACUUUGCUGGAAAUACAAUAUUAAAAUUAAACAGCUUUUCAUAUCCAGUUUAAGUGUAAUUCACAAGGCUGGGUAAAAUAUUGACCUUUAGUGAAAGGUCCAGUGACGUUAUUUAGCAUUAUUAGGUUCAGAAUUAAAAGCACGAGGUAGCAGAUAUGAUUGUUUUGGAUAAAAGAUUUACUCUGCAUUGUUUUGUGGUAUUUACCACUCGAGGUAUCAUUUUUAUUUCAGUGUGAACUGCAUUGAGAGACUGAAGGCAAUGUGCAAUGUGUGUAUGAGACUGUGAUUGUGUGUGUGUGUGUGAGCUAGUGAGAGUGUUUCUCUUAAUCUUUUGCUAUUUUUCUUUUAAAUGUUUCAAGGUAUAAAAGGAAUCAUGUUCAUGCUGGUUGUAGCAUGUAGGCCAUAUGGUGUACAUUGUCCAUGAGACAUCAGUUACAGCUUAAUUUAGAAUGUAAUUGUGACUUUUUUGCUUGAGAAAAUAUAAAAUAAGACAGUCAUUUUGAUCAUGUUAGAAUAUGAGAGAAUUUGUAGUAAAUGUCUGUAAAUGCUAAAUAAUUUAGGUUUAUUUUAUCAUUUGAUGUGAUGUUACAUUGUGAUGAAUGACUGUUGACUUUAGUUUAUGUAAAUACAGAAUAUAAAAAUAAAGAUGAGUUGUUAUUCGGGUUGUGUUAUGACUGUUUAUGAAUGUUUUUUAAAUGCUGUGUGUAUUCGUUGAGUUGCAUUGGUGUAGCAGGAUUCAGGGCUGAGCUUUGGUUACAGCGUGUGAGCUUUUUUGUGCAUGUUGACCCGGUGCCCAUGUGGGUUUCUCACGGGUUCUCCAGUUUCCUCUCACAAGAAUGUGUGUUUGUGUGAGACAACAGAGAGUCACAUCAUGGAUCAUCUAUAACCCUGACAAGGAUAAAGUGUUUACUCAAACUUCAUACAAUUUGCCCAUUGUUUUUCUUCAAAGUUUUACUUCAACUGUGUGACAAGCUGAAAUAUUUUUGUCAGUCUACCAAGACUAUGUAAAUACGUGGUUCAAUAUACAAAUAAAUUUGGGUCCUGCACAUAACAUGCAGUUUUUCUGACUCAUUAAGCACUA